AGAAAAUAAAUGAUCUGUUUAAAUUAUCGGCAUUCACGCGUAGUCGUGAUUUGAAAAAAUUAGGCUGUGAACGGUGAAGUGAAAAAUGGCAGUGUCGCUUGAUCGAUUUUUGAAGACAGUCGAAGGCAUUCGGCAAACGCUGAAAGUGAAAGAUGCUCCUGGAAAUACCACCGAGAAAUCGGGAGCUCAGGCUGAUACAGAAUUGGUCAAGCGGGAAAAAAUUGGUCAAAUCAAUCAAGUAGUGGAUGGAUUGACGUCCUCAUGUAAAAGCCCUGGCGUUUUGACGAAUGCGGGUUUUGUUUCUCGGGCAUUGUCACCUUGUUUGGAACUGCUGCUGCUGUUCUGCGAUGACGAAGAUGCCGAUGUUCGAUUACAUGCAAACGAUGGGCUAACGAAGUGUGUGAGGCUUUUGUCGCUCACACAUUCAGGCCGACUGGAAAGUGAACUGUAUAAAGAAAUCAAGAAGAACGGAAAUCAAAGAAGUUUGCGCGCCGCGUUGUGUAGGUUUGGAAUAGUUGCGCCAUUGAUAAGGCUUUCGAAACGUCGCGCAUACGCUGGUAAUUUGUCAUCAGUUGUUAUGCGAGUUUGUUCCGUUCGAAAUGAGGAAAGCCUGUGGGAAUCUCUCACAGGUUUUUUCCAGAGCGUCUGGCCAUCGCUUGGACCUUAUUUUAUGGACAGUGAGAAUAAGAAACUGCUGCGCGUGCUUUUCGCCCGCUUGGAGGACGAAUCGACGGCCAUGCCUGUACGAAGAAAUGCAGGACAAUGCAUUGCUGCCAUGGCGAAAUAUUCAAGAAAUCCUGAACAAACGAUAGGAUUUCUUCUUGACAUUAUUGCAGACGAGGGCGUGAAACUGCUGGGCAAAGAGAGAAGUGUCUAUUUGCACAGCUGUCUGAUGUUGAUGAGGAACCUCGUACCUUUGCUGCGAGAACUACCCGUCGAUGAAAUCACAAAGCGAUUGGGGUGUUCGCUUAAGUCGGUUUCGGGAUCGGAUAGCUCCGCUUCCCUCGCCACAUCAUCGUCCGACUUCGUCCCCAGCCGCGAAAGCGUUCGACUGAAUCAAUACCUUUUUAUUUACGAAGUUGGGAUGAGGAGUACCCAAAGCAGAAAUACGUCUGUUUGUACGGCCGCAUUGGAGCUUUUGCAAGUUCUUCUUCUAGACCCACCGCUGUUUUUUAUCUCUGCAAUGAGGGAUACCGGAGGCUUGGGUGCCACGUCACGAAUACGAGAUGAUCAUGAGGGUGCCUGGGAAAAUUUGUCAGCUGCAACAAGUAUCUUGAGUAUUGGGAAGCGGUCUUCAGUCUGCGAAGAUGUUUCCGUUUCUCUGGCGUUUGAUGACGGUGAAUCGUUGAACAGCUUUAAGAUAACCACAAGCUGUCAACGGGUCGGCCAAGGUUCUGAAAAUCAGUUUCAAGGUUCUUCAGCGACGGAUCCUGAAUGGGAUCCGGAUUGCAAUACAAACUCUGGAGAUUACUGUGGGAUCAAGAUGGGUGUGAUAGAAACGGAUGAUGCGGAUGCAUCAUUUAAUCCGGCACUGAUGAGUGCUUCACAUCAACAUGAAGAGAGCGAUGAUGACGAUGAUGAUAUUGUGAAAGAAGGUUCAGAAAUUUAUGAGGAGGAAUUCCCGAAUAUUUGUCAUGGUGAAGAGGAGCAUCAGGAAGCUCUGCUACCGGACACAGCGAAUAGAACGUUCGGAGACAUUGGCUCUUUUCAUUUUCCCGAGCCGCAAGUGCAUUUCUGCGCCAGAGUCGUUGCGAACACAUUUCUUCUAAGGAGUAAUAAUGAAACGUGUCUCAUCCCGGAAAGCUUGAUCAGAGUAAGCUUGCAAGCACUAGCAGUGUCUGUGCUUGGGAAUCUCGCCGCGAUGGAACCCAAGUUACUGCAAAUACCGAUCAAUGUGACUCAAAAUAGUGCAACGUUCGUAGAGCUAUUGAAACUUGCCUCGCACAGAGACCCAAUCAUAAGGGCGAAUGUGGCAUCUCUCUGUGGUGCCGUUUUGAAGUCCGCAUUGCUGUUCGGAUUGGGCCAGCCAGCUGGCUUUGCUAGUGUUGGGUUUCAAACUCUCUGGGACCCAAUUGCCGAAGCUGUGUUUGAUAGUGCGCCAUUGGUUGGUCGGGCUGGAUUGAAAGCUGUGGCGCAACUAGCAGGAUUACUGCUCCGGUCGGAAAAAGCACAUGUUCUGCUGCGUCUAGCUCGUCAGUGGUCUAUUCUGGCGAAAACAUCUUCCUAUUGGCUUGUGAAGGUGGAAUUAUUGUCCUUGUUGGCUGAGAUUCCUGUGGCAGAGAUGGAGUUUCUGAUGAGAGUCGGAAAUGUGGGAAUGUCCGAGUCGUAUUUAAAAAAGUCCUGGACAACUGUGAUUUGUCCAUUGCUUGGGGAUGAAAAUCCAAAGGUGCGAACUGCUGCUGCGGAAGCACUCGUGCAGUUGUGUUGCAAGUCUUUUCAUCUCAUUGACACGUGGGAUGGCUCUGCUGUGUCAGCCGUUGCUGCCAACCUGACGUUGUCACACUCGAAUGCCUUCGGCCAAAAAUCGCUGUCAAGGAUUGUUGCGAAAUCUUUUAAUGAUCUUCAUGAAGCCACAUCUUCGGAAAUGGUUGUGGGAAACCUGGAAGCUCUAGCUUGCUUGGUAGCUGCAUUCCCGCCGAAGGAAUUUCGAGAAGCAUGGUUUUGUACGCGAGUGAAGCCGGCUGGCGCAAACUGUCAGGCACUUGGCAACCUAGGACUGUUGAUAAAUUUGACUAUGGCAAGAGCUGUUUGUUCAGAUCUACGGGCUGUGACUGAUCUUGUGAUUGUGGCAACCAGCAUUUUUGAAGGUCUGGCGUUAGAACACUUGAAACCGUUGGAAAAAGAGACACUCCGCGAUGAUGGACCGAACAGAAAAUGGGAAGCUCUGGACCAUCCUCAAUUGGACGUGAUUGCGCAAUUGUUGAUGACGUACCUAAUCCGCAUGAUUUGUAUGACGACAUCGUGCCUUUGUGAUAUUCCGCCUUCAAAAGCGGCCUUCCAAGCUGCGAAGGAACCAUCAACUCUUUCUCCGACAUUGCUGAAAACUCCGGAAGUGAAAACAGUUGGGAGCACCAUCGCUUCUCCUAUGAAACGAAUGAUGAGAGCAGUCUCGAAGCAAACUGAGUCAUUGCCUACUACUGUAUCUGAAUCAGAGGAACCCAUUGGUGGUUCAAGUGGGAAGAAGAAGGCUCCGGGUUCCGUUGGUUCGUUUGCCGGCUGUCCAGACCUCCUCCGGGUGCAUGAAAUGCUCAGGGCUGUGUAUGAAAAUUACAAGUUUAGUGCGUCAAAUGAGCAAAAGGCAGAGAAAAAAUUGAUGACAUUCAUCGUGGGAACUCUGGAAGGGUUAGGAAGAAUGCUCGAGUUCGCAUCUUCUUCAGAGUUAUGCCUUCAUGCAGAAGAGAUUCUACAUUACUUGCAGAUAAUCAUGCCACUAUGCCCCGCAGCGGCUUUGAAGUCUGUAUCAAAGUUGCUACAUUGCCUAUUUGCCAGUAACGCAGCGGCGUUGGGAGAAAAAGACAGCGCAAUUCGGGAUGGGUUUCUCACGUCUUACGAGGCGAAACAAUGGGGAAAGAUAUGCGAAGGCCGGAAGGAUCCGAGUAGUUUUUAUCAGGUCAUUUUUGGUGGCCCUUACCGAAAGUUCUCUACGUUUGUCAAGACUGUAAGAGCCAAUGCAAAGCCCCAAACUGGUUCAAGUCGACCUCCGCUACUGAUCAAAACUGGUCCAUUGUCGAACCGAUCGCAUUUGUCGAAUUUUAUUCGUUUGUUCGAGCCUGUUGUGAUUUAUUCUCUCAAGGUUUUCACAUCGUCUCCUGAAGUUCAUGUGCAGUCGGCCGUUCUCUCGCUGCUGGUCACUUUGAUUCGUCUACGAGUAAAUUACCAUCUACUGGACAAUGAACAAAUAUUUCUUAACUACGUCUUGAGACAAUUUGACCUUGUAGAAGAAGGGCUGGUGUCCGGACCGAACAGUCCUAUCCAGCACCUACUACCUUGGUUGCUGCGUUUCCUCGUUCUUCUGUCUCACGACAGUAUUCAUACCAAGGGUCAAAGCCUACUUCCAUUCUCAAAGCUGAUACAGUUAUGUGACGGUCUGAUGGCCUCAGAGUUUGACUUGGAAACCCACUGUUUACCAGCAAUGGGUCCGUUGGUUGAAGAUCUAUUCUUGUGGCGCAGCAAGGGUAAGGACAAAGUCGACGAGAUCGAAGCUCAGAAAGAAGUCAUUGUGACGAUGCUAAUGCGCCUAUUACCAAGUAUUCAGGUGAUUCGAGUGUUGACGAUGAUAGUAAUCGCCAACAAGGAGCUGGGACAUGAAGAGUCAUACCAGAGCAUUUCAAAGCAAUUUUUGAAUGCUAUAUUACCGUUGAUGGCGAAAUGGGAAAUCGCGAUCGAAUCAGAAGAAGAUGCGGAAGUUCUGGUCAACUUUUUCGCGGCAUUGUCUCCAGUAUCAUUUCAUCAUCUGGAUUCCAUUCUUGAAGUGAUGGCCCUGUAUCCGUCACCAGAAAAGGUGCGCAAAGCAUUUCCACGUUGGUUAGCUGGGGUUGUGUGUUGCUUGGGAGUAGCCAUGACACAUGGUACCGAAGACGCAAUUCUGAGCAGAUUAUUGCUGUCAAAUUUGUUGUCCUCCGUCACGGACGAGUCGUCAGUUUCGAGCAUUGCCAGUGACGUCGGAGAAGACGGCUGGGUCGAUCCUCUUGGCGCUCACGGAAGCCCGAAACAGGAGAACUACUUGAAAGAAAGAACCGCGACGUCUUUGGCGAGAUUCUUGCUGGACACGUUGACCUUAGCAGCAAAAGAGAUCGCAUUUCGGGCAACUGCAGGGUUUUUGCUGGCUUGGAAAACGCUUGGGGUGCAUCUAGUUGGUCUCCUUAUGCAUGUUUCCCACAUGGUUCAGUCCGGUGAAUUCAGGAGAACGGCGAACUGUCUGAAGAACUUGAUAGUUUCCGAAGAAUCAUGGGAGAGUGAUCUCCAUGAAAACAUAGUCAAGCUUGGAUUCAUAAACCCGUUGAUACCGUUGUAUUGGAUGAAUCUGCUAUCGCUGUUGAAUUGCGGAAAUGUCAACCUUUGGAGUAAAAUUCUGAAAACUUCGAAAGCUUCAUCGAAGAUCAGCUCGAACGGUGAAGCAAGUAAUUGUUCCCGGGAAGUUAUUCGUAGAGGAACACUGAUCGUCUACUGUGAUUACAUUCACGAAAAUUUAUUCGUGAGUUCCGGUGGUGGAGAGGAACUUACCUGGUUGCUUGUAAAUCACUUGAAAUCGCUGGUGUGCCUGAAUAAGGAGCCUCCUGUUGCUGAUCUUGUCGCCGCCUUACAUCGAAAUUGUGCAUCGAGUCAACUGUUUUUACAUGCCAUUCGACAUCGUCUAAUAGAUGAAGUAAACGAGAUAUCCGUGUGUCGAGGAGUAUUGUCCUGCCUCACCGAAUGUCCCGCGGAAGUGAGUUUUGCCCUCUUGGAGCUCUGCGUGUAUGUCUUGAUGCCGAGCAAGAUCCUUGCUACGAGUUACAAGGGUUUUCAACUCGGAACGAGUGCGAUCGACGUACUCGUUUCUGAUGAGCAACGACAUAAGGCUCAAGAUUCCACCGGCUUGGUCGUGCCAAAUGUCUGCUCCACAGCCUCAGAUUACUCAGAAGACGAUGAGGAGGAAGAAGAGAGAAGAAUGCUCCGUGUUCGAAAACCUGGUCGAAUACUGGAGUUGAAUGACAUUAAACCAGAAGAUAUUGAUGAGCUUAUUACGAAAAGUGAGGAUAAGGCAAUCAAAUCGAGAUUCCCAAGAUUCGUUUCGGAGUUGCGAAAACUGAGAAUAAUUGCCUUCGGAUCACCAGACUCGGGGAUUGAAUUAAGUGCAAGUGCUUGGAGCAAAUUUUGUUUGAGUCCGAAAGAUUCAAAUGCGUGGUCAAAAUCUGAUCCGCAAUCUGCGUAUCGGAUCGGCGUUGACAAAAUCAUCGCAGAAUCCUUGCGACACAGGGAAGGAGUUUCCGUUCAGGUUUCUGCUAAACUCAUCAACGGUUUGAAUCAUAAAGAAGCACUCCAACGGAUUGGAGAUGAAGAUUUUCCUUUACAUGCCAUACCAGUGAUAUUGAAGGAGGUCUCAGCUGCCAGAGUAAUCGUACAAAACAUGGCCUCAAAUCCCUUUUCACCAGUAUCCCCAAGGGCUAGAGGGGGAGGAAAGCUUUCAGAAGAGAAGCGUGCUACUGAUAAAUCGGAUGGCGAGGAAUCGUCUUUCUCUUCGACAUCGACCGGCCCCUUCGGCGACUACGACACGGAUCUCAGUUCACCAAUUUUGAAGUCUUCCAGUGGGCUUGAAGAGCAGGAUCGAUUCGAAGAAUCUUCAGGCGUAUCAUUCCAGAGAAGUGCGAUUGUGUCCUUCGUUAUUCAGCGCAUGUCCUCGUUUUUCCAGCAGUAUCCCAAGCAAAAGGAGGUAUUCAUGCCAACAUCUUGGAGCGGAACUGAAGCCGAAAAUGAGUACACGGAAGCGGUGAUCAAGUGCCUCGGUGUUCCAUGCAUAGCGACUAAUUCGUUGAAAAGCCCUACGAAUGACAAAAAAUUCUCUGAUUCUCUUGACAAUCGGUGGUCAUCGGAAAUCCUUCCAUUUUGCGAAUGCCUCCUGGGACUUUCUUCGGAAGAGCUACCGACAGAGUUGGCUGCGAACUGUGCUCUUGCGGCGCUGGAAGGGGCUAAAAUGACGUCUGCUGGGGAAAAAUGGCUGCGUAAAGUGGGAGCUACUUUUCAGUGGACUGUCUACGACAUUCAGAUGUGCAUACGAUGUUGUGCCGGAUUGCUAAGCAUACGUGAGGUAUGGCUGCAUUUCGCUAGCAACGGAAACUGGUCGGUUUCCGCGAUUGAAGCCAUUUUCGCUGUGGUGGAAAGUCAUGCGAGAAACGCGCAAAUCCCUCGGAUUGAAACGCUUGGCAGAGAAUUCGAAUCUGUGGAUCCCUCAGAUCAAUCGGUCUUGUCAGCAUGUAUUAAAGCUUCGCGAUUGGCUCUAUGGGUACAUGCGUUACUCCAAGAUUGCAGCAAACUGGACAGUUUCGAAUGGAGCUUGUUGCCAUUAGUUGCAGCACUGUGUCGCUUACCGGCAGUUUAUGGGUUUGUCCGAAUACCGUCAGAUCUUCUUCAAAGUUUAGCGUUCCAGCAUGUGACUGAUAAAUCUGGAAACACGUCUGCGCAGUUCGUUUGGAAAGAUCGGUAAGAUUUUUGUUUACUGUUGGUUUCAAAAUGCUUCUAGUAAAAUUUAUUUU